AUGGAAUGGAAUAGGGCUAUAACAAAAAACUUCAUUGAGCUGUAUAGAGAAAAACCUUGUUUAUGGAAGAUUUCUUCUGAAGAAUAUAAAAAUAAAAAUUUAAAACAAGUAGCAUACAAUGAACUGGUUGAAUAUUUAAAGAGCAAUGGAAUGACCGAUAUCAAUAUGAAAGAAGUGAAAUCGAAAAUACAAAACAUCAGGCGUAUGGUGAGGAAAGAAAGGAGCAAAGUUGAGGCAUCUAAAAGAAGCGGAAAUGGCAGAGAUGAUGUUUAUAAACCCACAUUAUGGUAUUAUGACCUUUUAGCAUUUGCAAAUGAUAUGGAUCCACUUUCAUCUAUUGAUAAUAUAACUUCUAAAAAUAAUGAAGAAGAUGAAGAAGACAAUUGCGACAACAGUCAUGAAGAGGAUAAGGAUGAAUCUGGGAUGAAUCAAUUUUCAGGGAAUGGAAAUAUAAACCAAUAUGACUAA